AUGGAUAAAAAUUUGCAUAGUAUGCAUUACAGCCAAGAUGCAGGCACUAUCAUUAUAACAGAUUUGAGGGAAAAAAAUGCAGAUACGAUCUCAUUAUCACGUAUUUUACAUGUAUUAUAUAAAAAGGAAUUCUUUCAAUAUCUUGCAGGGAUGAGCUCAUACAAGAUUCAAAACAUUAUGGAUACGGACGAUUUGUAUAAUGAAGAUAGCAAAGAAUUUUCAUACGAUUUCGAUUUUUACGCCUUAAGGAAGCUUCGCACGCAGCAGAAAAGAAAAAUUACUGUUUUGUCAAUUAUUUUAGUCGUUUUGUUGGUUUUGCUUGUCGUUUUUGUGCUAUUGUACACAAAAUCAAAGUCCAGUUACAGUGAAAAAAACGAAAAGACAAACUCAGGAAAAAUAACAUCUGGGCCUAUUGAUUGUGAAUCAAAUUUGGAUUGUGGCAACAAUUCUUACUGCUGGUACAAGAAAGGAAGCGCGUUUUGCGCAUGUGCAGAAGGAUACAUUGAAAACGGGACACAUUGUGAAGAAAGUAAAGAAAACAAUACAAAACUGACAUGUAAAUCUGAUGAAGAUUGUUUCAUGAAUGCAAUUUGUCGUUAUAAGAACGGAACAUCAUUCUGCGCAUGUGCACCAGGUUAUAUCCUAGACGACGAGAAAAAGCACUGCAGAGAAAGUAAAGAAAACAAUACAAAACUGACAUGUAAAUCUGAUGAAGAUUGUUUCAUGAAUGCAAUUUGUCGUUAUAAGAACGGAACAUCAUUCUGCGCAUGUGCACCAGGUUAUAUCCUAGACGACGAGAAAAAGCACUGCAGAGAAAGUAAAGAAAACAAUACAAAACUGACAUGUAAAUCUGAUGAAGAUUGUUUCAUGAAUGCAUUUUGUCGUUAUAAGAACGGAACAUCAUUCUGCGCAUGUGCACCAGGUUAUAUCCUAGACGACGAGAAGAAGCACUGCAUAGAAAGCAAAGAAAACAAUACAAAACUGACAUGUAAAUCUGAUAAAGAUUGUUCUACGAAUGCAUUUUGUCGGUAUAAGAGCGGAACAUCAUUCUGCGCAUGUGCACCAGGUUAUAUCCUAGACGACGAGAAAAAGCACUGCAGAGAAAGUAAAGAAAACAUUACAAAACUGACAUGUAAAUCUGAUGAAGAUUGUUCUAUGAAUGCAUUUUGUCGGUAUAAGAACGGAACAUCAUUCUGCGCAUGUGCACCAGGUUUUAUCUUAGACGACGAGAAGAAGCACUGCAUAGAAAGCAAAGAAAACAAUACAAAACUGACAUGUAAAUCUGAUAAAGAUUGUUCUACGAAUGCAUUUUGUCGGUAUAAGAGCGGAACAUCAUUCUGCGCAUGUGCACCAGGUUAUAUCCUAGACGACGAGAAAAAGCACUGCAGAGAAAGUAAAGAAAACAUUACAAAACUGACAUGUAAAUCUGAUGAAGAUUGUUCUAUGAAUGCAUUUUGUCGGUAUAAGAACGGAACAUCAUUCUGCGCAUGUGCACCAGGUUUUAUCUUAGACGACGAGAAGAAGCACUGCAUAGAAAGUAAAGAAAACAAUACAAAACUGACAUGUAAAUCUGAUGAAGAUUGUUUCAUGAAUGCAUUUUGUCGGUAUAAGAACGGAACAUCAUUCUGCGCAUGUGCAACAGGUUAUAUCUCGGACGAUGAGAAGAAGCAUUGUCGAGAAAAUGUUCCUAAAGACCCUUGUGAAUCAAUUCAAUGUCCUGCUAAUGCCGAAUGCAGAAAGAACGCAUGUGGAGAUGCAAAAUGCAAAUGCAAAGAAGGAUUUGUAGGCAAUGGUAGUGAUACUUGCAAAGAUAUAGCAUUUGCGAUUAAUUUUAAACAGCGUACAAUCCGAAAUAUUCCGACAUUAUAUAACGUCAUUUUCCCUGAGACUGACUCGGCGUCUGUAUGUUUCUGUCUGUUUUAAAGGAAGGGAAGAUUUUAUGGUUUGGUU